GUCCUUUUCACAGAAGCGGAAUCUCAGGGCCCACAUGUCCUGUCAUGCAGGAAAGAAGACCUAAAAGUCGGGGGCUUGCAGUUUUUUGUUCCUCAGCGUUGGGGUCCCUGGAGCAGUGCGAGUCGCUCGUGUGCCACCUCUGUCCGCAGACAUUCGCUCAGAAAGCCCACCUGGAACAGCAUGUGCGCAGCCACACAGGAGAGCGUCGCUACCAGUGCCAUCUGUGCCUGGAGACAUUCACUAGUAGCUACAACCGUUCCUCGCCGUUGGGGUCCUUGGAGCAGUGCGAGUCGUUCGUGUCCGUGCACGGCCGGCUGCAUUCCUGCUGGUUGUGCCCUUACAAGACCAAGCAAAAGUCGCAUUUGACGGCUCAUGUGCGCACACACUCGGGCGAGCGCCCCUUCAAGUGUCACCUUUGCCCGCGCGCAUUCGCUCAGAAUUCCGACCGUAUACGGCAUCUGCGCACACACUCAGGAGAGCGCCCCUAUCAAUGCCACGUGUGCCAGGACACAUUCAAGAGAAGUACCAGCCUUACGCAUCAUCUGCGCAGCCACACGGGAGAGUGUCCCUAUCCGUGCCACCUUUGCCCACGCAAAUUCAACCAGAGUGCCCCCCUGAAACGGCAUCUGCAGGUCCACACAGGAGAGCGUCCCUUUUCGUGCCUGUACUGCAAUGCGACCUUUUCACAGAAGGGGAAUCUCACGGCCCACAUGUCCUGUCAUGCAGGAAAGAAGACCUAAAAGCCGGGGGCUUGCAGUUUUUCGGAAGCCGACAGCCAAGACCACAGCCAAAGCAGCAGCCAGAGUAGUAAUGGCUAGCAGGGCACAUCCCACCUGAACACUUGAUUUCUCACCGCAGCCUGCUGACCAGGAGCCUGCACAGUUGAAGCCAUGGUUGCCGUGACAGUUCCCUCUUUCAAUGUUGCCAACAUUGUAGCAUUUGGAUUAUGUAUUGUUGAGAUAAUGCCAGCGAGUCUGGGCAUUAUGCACUAUUUACUCUUUGAAACAGCAUUCCGUAAUCUAUGUUAUGCAGUGAGAUUGAUAUUGGUGCAUUUUCUUCAAAUAAAUGCGUGGUCUAGAUACGAGACAACAGAUUAAAUUGGGCAAGUUCAUUGUUUGCCACUGAAGUAAGCACGGUACAGAUGACAGAUUCAUAAUGCCCUUUCUGCAUUCCAUUUUCUCUUCUCUUGUUGUGCUACAUUUUAUUUAUUUGUGUUUAUUUAUAUUGAUACAUAUGCUGUGGGCUAUGGCACGAUUGUGGAAAUUGUCCAAUAUAUCAUAUAUCUUGUGCUAUAUGCUUAUUCUCUCCACAAGACCUGUCUCACCCUUAUAUAUGUGCCAGUUAUUGCUAAGGGUGACACCUGAUAUUAGUGCAUGUACUCUCACCCUAAAUUUGGAAUCAAGCCUUCAACACUAAUCCUUACUUUAAGGAUAUUAGCCUUACGUGCCUUGUAAAACCCAUUUCUCUGCUGAGUGCAAUGAAUGUUAGUUAUAUAUGUUUUAAUACUAUCGACAUGUUUCUCCUAAGUUACCUUAUAGAUUUGCAUUGUCUUUCUACAGAUUUAUUAAGACCGUGACCUAAGGUAUAUGAGUACCUUGUGCAUGUUGCCAAUGCGUAAUGAAUUUAGCUGGCCAUAUGAGAUAAUGAGCUUCUUUUGACCUACCCGCCGUGGUGGCUCAGUCAGCUAAGGCGUUGCGCUGCUGAGCACGAGAUCGCGGGAUUGAAUCCCGGCCGCAUUUCGAUGGAGGCAAAAUGCAAAAUGCAAAAGUUAACAUAAGGUUACCUGAAAUAGUGGUUAUAUAGGAAUAAUAAGAAGGGGGCGACAGCAGGGUGAAUAAUGGUUGAUAUGAACUGAUGAAUGCUUCUUUUCAGUGUCCUUUAACAUUGCGAAUAUCAAUACGUGAUUAUGCUAACAUGUUAGCAAUGCAUAGUUUGACUCUCUGUUUUUUUUCUUGAACUUUAUGGUGUUCAGAGAAAGUGAUGCAAUUAGCCCAAAGAAUUGAAGCUACUGCACAAACAUUAAGCAUUUCUGGAUCUCAGGAAAGGCUACAUGUUCUCUGGUUUCGAGUGUAGCACCUUCUUGCAUUGUACAUUUUGUCUCAGUUGUGAACUUGGUUCUUUGAACUGCAUUUGCUUUCACUUUGCACUUUACUGGUAUUCAUUAAUUGUCAAUACAGUUUUACUGCACAGUGUACUUAGCAUUGCUAUUCUUUUUACUUUUUGAGAAGGCAGUAUUGUUCACAUUAUUAUAGCAAACAGAUUUCUUGUACUGUAGUUUUGUUGAAGUGCCAUGAAUGUAUGGUUCUUAUGUUGUGUUUGUAGCAACCAUUAUAUGCCUCAUUGCAUACUCUGUUGUACAAUUUUGAAUCGGUACUAGAAAUAGUUCUAAUUGCUUUUUACACCCUACACAGACUAUACUGUCUUCUAAUGCAUUUUAGCGAGUCUGUAGCUGUUGGUUGCAAGUACCUGUCUCUGGCAGUCAAACUACAAGCGUCCACAUGCACUGAUGGCUCCACAUUCAAUACUUACCAUGUAGCUCCAGCAGCAGCAUUUCUAUGGCGAACAUUAAUUUUCAAAUUCCAGGGUUUCUAUGUCUUACAAGUAGUGUUUUAUUAAUGGUCACUUGGUCUGCAGCACACAAAAAUAAUCUAGAACAUUUUGCACUUGCAGCAUGCAGUUCAUGCUGUGUUAAGCCAGCUAGGAUUCAGUGUUUUGAUGUCUUGUCUAAAUUAGCUAGCAAGGAAUCCAUAAUGGCAUACCAGAAGUGAAAGGAGCAUCAGUGUACAAUCUUUUAUCCGUGUCUUCACUUCGCAACAUAUUUACACCUGUGAGAAAAACAGUGCCUGUUACACGGAAGUGUUUAUAUUUUUGUGCCUCAC